GAAUUUAACGUGACCAAGGAGCAGCACGCAGUGCAACCAUGUUCCUCCGUGGUUGUUGAAUCAGGGGGCUUGCCACAUCAAAGCCGAAGCUAUCCGAGCGGGAGCAGCGGAUCCGGAGGAAGUAUGGGCCGAUUGUUCACAAGAAAUUCGUCUGUCAGCUCUCAAAGCUCGUUGGAAGGGGCGUCUGGACCGUCUAGUCAUCGCGGUUCCUCCGCGCAGAUUCGACCCUUCGGACCGGAUGCACGGUAUCAUCAUCAUCGGGAUCCUCUCCACGCUGCUUCCUCUUAUCCGCCGAGUUCAAGAUCACCAUCACCUGGCCGUGCAGCAUCGCUAGAUGCACGCUGUGGGAGCCCAGCCAGUUGUUCCGGAAGCCUUCUGAGCAGCAAUACAUCACCCUCUCAGAGCUCUCUGUCGUCUCUGGCAACAGGUGUGAGCUCUUCCUGCGGUGGUUGCUCGAUAAGCGUUGCCCACGGUGCUUCCAGAUCAGCUGGCCGAAGUCUUUCACCCCUACUUAUUCCGCCGUCGCGCAUUUCCGGAAGCGACGGUGGACCACCUCCUCCAGCAUCGCCAUUGGGUUCCAUACAGCCUGACCUCUAUCAACGAAGAGACGGUCCCAUAUACCUCAAGGCUCGCGGAAAUGGAAAGAGUUUAGGUCGGAUGCAUUUGCGAUUCAAAUACGACUUCGAUCGAUCGGAUUUGCAUGUGCACCUGAUCGAGGCACGCGAUCUCGCUGGAAGUGAUCAAGGCGGAUUCCACGAUCCUUACGUGAAGCUGACGCUCAGCCCUGAAGUGGAUUCGAGGAAACGUCAGACUCCGAUACAUCAUAACGAAUCGGAUCCAUUCUUCGAUCAACAAUUCAAAUUCCCUGUCAGCAACGACGAACUUCAGGACAAGACCUUAGUUUUACAGGUGCUCGAUUACGAUCGUUUCUCUACGAACGACGUAGUAGGUUCUGUGAAAGUACCGCUACACAUUUUGCGAUUAGACUCCUCUACGUCGACCGAGGAAGUUUGGGGAGAGAUUGAACGGGAGCGAAAGCCACCGGAACAAAUUCAAGAAGUUCUACUGUCGCUGUCUUAUCUACCUAGUGCUGAACGAUUAACGGUCUUGAUUCUAAAGGCGAGGAACCUCUUCCCACCGCAGGAGAAAGAAACCUUAGAUUCGUUCGUGAAAGUAAAUCUCCUUUGUGGAGAGAAGAGGGUGAAGAAGAAGAAAACUGCUGUGAGAAAAGCGACGACCAGUCCCGUUUGGAACGAGGCGAUGUCCUUUAAUGUUCCUGCCAGCUCGCUGCCAUCAUCAGCCAUCGAGGUAUGCGUGAUGGAUUCAAGCAACGAGUUCAUCGGCGGAAGCGUGAUCGUCGGUUCCUGCAUCGUCGGUCCUGCAACCGGAACCACAUCCGGCAUGGAAGGAAGCGGGAAUCAAGGAAGGGAUCACUGGCUUCACAUGACUCAAUCACCGAGGGAGACCAUCGCAAUGUGGCACACGUUGCAUUAA